UGCCUGUCAGGCGGUUGCAUCAAUUGAAAACUGGAACGCCCCAUCUAGUUCCUCCCCUCUUUUUAGCGGUGCCUGGAGCGAGGCGGUGGCGAGCGCCGCGCGGGGGCCGGAGCGGUUCUCGAGGGCGUAGCUCUGCUUGCUGCGGGCGGCUGUCGCUCGCGCCGCCUGCCCGCCCCAUCGGCCGCAGCCGCCCGCCGGCCGCCAUGAGGCACCUGCCGUACUUCUGCCGCGGGGAGGUGGUGAAGGGCUUCGGCAGGGGCUCCAAGGAGCUGGGCAUCCCCACCGCUAACUUUUCUGAACAAGUAGUUGAAAGCUUUCCAUCUGAUAUCUCUACUGGUAUAUACUAUGGAUGGGCCUGUGUUGGAAAUGGAGAUGUGCAUAAAAUGGUUUUGAGCAUAGGAUGGAAUCCUUUCUAUAAGAAUAUUAAGAAAUCAGUGGAAACACACCUUAUCCACACCUUCAAAGAAGACUUUUACGGAGAAAUUCUUAGUAUAGUCAUAAUAGGAUAUAUUCGACCGGAAAAAAACUUUGAUUCCCUAGAGGCACUCAUUUCAGCAAUUCAGGAAGACAUUGAAGAAGCGAAGCGGCAGCUAGAUUUACCAGAGCAUCUUAAACUCAAAGAAGAUAACUUCUUUCAUCUGCCAGAAGGCAAAAUAGUGAACAACCACUGAGCAAACUCAUACUGCUUUUUUUUUAAUUAUUAUUAUUUUCCACUCGUGGUUUGUUGUUGUUGUUGUUGUUUGUUUGGGGUUUGGUUUUUUUUUUUGGUUGGUUGAUUUUUGUUAGUUUUCCUUUUAUUUGUGUUUGGUUUUUGGUUUUUUGGUUUGGUUUUGUUUGGUUUUUUUCCAUUUUAUUUAAUUUUUUUCCUCCCCUGUCAUGGAGCUUUUACAUUUGCACUGCUUUUAUAGGUACUUUGUUGUCAUAUGUCUAUUCAGGUAAACUGAGGUUGGAACCAAACAUAGGAGAUUAUUUCAGUUUCCUUGUGUUAAUUUGUUAUUAACCCAGUGGUGCAAAAGGAGUGGAAGGCUGGUUUAGGUCCUCAGAGAUAAAUUGUGUAUCCUGAAGUUACCAGUUGUUCAGAGAUCUGAGCGCGUGUGGAACAUGAUCAGAAUUUAUCAUUACCUCUUCUGACCCCAAGGUAUGGAUAGUUCACUUAAGUGAAGAAUGUCUGGUUUUAACAUACAGAAUGUUAUUCCGACCUCUUACCAGUUCUAUGUCAUUCUUGCAUCUUGAUUUCAGGUAGUAGGUUAGAAAAUUUUUGCUAUUGAUGGAGUCAGAAAUUUCCUGUGGUUCAGGAAGCAAAUAAUUAGAUAACAAUAGUAGGAUUAAUUCUCUAUAGUUCUUAUUUUUUAUAUGCUACACAGCUGUCGUGGUUGAAACUGUUAAUUUAAUUGAAGGUAUUUAUUAUAAGUUUAUUUGAAAUGGAGGAAAUCACUGUUGCUCAUUGAGUUACUGGAAUCUGAGAUGCACUUCUUCAUAGUUGACUGUACAUAGGGCAAGACAUGACCUGUAGUUUACUUCUGAGGGAGUGUUACACCAAAAUUCAGGAAAUGAGUGGCAGAAUUCGGGAAGUGAAUGACUAAACUUUAAAGGCUCAGGCACAAAGAUGCAGAAACAGUAUAACAAGAUUUCUGCUCAUUUGGCCUUAAGGCAAAGAGGUAAUGAAAUGCAACUUUACAUUUUAUGUGCUGCUGGCGUUUGUCAUAAGAAAAUGGGGAGAAUCUUGAGGUUAUUCACUACACUGGCAAUGAAAUGGCUGACUUCAAGAUUGCCAUUAUUGUAGGGCACAGAAAAAUCUCAUCAACUCUGCACUAAAUGCAGGUAAGAGCUGAGGUUUUGGCUGACCAAUUAGAAAGCCUUUGGGGAUUCAUGGAAUAAUAUAUCAACGCUAUAGCGGGGAUUGGUUAUUUAUUACAAGUAAUGGCAGCUGGUCAUACUCUGAAAUCUAGGGAUAGAUAAAUGGCGGGGGUAUUGUCAGAAUUGAUAGUAAUUUGAAGUAUGUAAUGCAUGAUUCCAGAUCUGUUCUUUUUUUUUUUCCUGAUAAAUCAGAAAAAUUUAUAUAAAUUUUUCUAUAAAUUUUAUUUUUCUAAUUUAUUUUUUUAUAAAUUAGAAAAAACUGUCUCUUAGUGAGUGGGACUAGGUAAGCUGCAGUGACUUUGUCAUAUUCAUAAUCUUUUUACAUCAGCUUGUAACGUGGCUGGAACACUUCCUGAAAUUCAAAAUAGCUCUGUGGAUAUGUCUCAACUGUAGUUAUAUGUCUCAACUACCAUGCACAAUUUCGAAUGCACAAUUUCUAUAGUGCAGUUUUAUGAAUUUGCUCCUUGUCCUAUCCUAUGCAAAUCCUACUUUUCGGUCUGGAGUUUGAGAGUUUUAACAAGGUAGCUGUUUGGGUCUUAGUGGCAGGUACUGUCAGGAUGUUAGUCCUACUUCAUAUUGUUUUAACUUUCCACCGGUAUCAUAGGAUAUUGUUAGUGAAGAAGUCUUGAGCAAAUCAAGGGCUUGUGUUUGCACUGUAGGUUAUCAGAUGAAACUUGAUUUCAUUUAAAUGAAAUGAAUUGUUCACCAGUGCUGUUGAUAACAAAGACAGAAUGCAGAAGCAGGUGGAGGGGGGUGCAGUUAUCAGCAGCUAGAUAUACUUUCUUUUAAAGGAGAACAACGUAACUUGCGGACUUCUACUAUAUAGUGUGUUGGAAACUGUAUUUCUAAAAAGUCUGCAAACUUUUUUUUUACAUUUUAAUAUGGAGAAAUUAAGGGAGAAUUUUUUUUUUUGCAAGUAUUUGAGGCAUUUUUGAGAUUGUAAUAAUGCUAAAAUCUUAUAUUCUACUUCUUUUAAAAGAAUGAAGAAAUGCUACACUAGUCAACUGAAUAUAUUGUAGAGAAUAUAUUUAGGAAAUAGAUUGUUGUUCAUUGUGGUACUGUAGCUAAACACUCAGAGCCUUCUAUAAAAUUGUUUUUUUUUGCCAGUAAUUUCAUGUGUCUGUUGUGGAAACCAUGGUGUCUUAAGCUGGUUGUCUGAAUAAUACUUCUCUGUAUCUGCUACUGUCAAAUUCAGUUCACUGUCUGGUUGUGGAACCACUGUGCUAUCAAUAGAGAACAGUGGUAAAGGAAAAAACUUGAAAAACUGUUACGUUUUGCUCUCAAAUCUUAGCUGAGGUGUGAUGUAUGGAUACACUGAACUAAUAAACUGCUCUGUGUGUUUGUCUUCAGAUUAGAGAAAAUGUGUAUUCAGUUGGCUGAGUGUACCUGUCCACGUUAUUUAAGAGAAUGUUCUAUAUUAACUGCUAAAGCUUAAUUCAUAAUUCCUAGCACAGUUUAAACUUAUGAAGGGUUAUAUUUUUGUAUUCUGUACAAGUAACUGUUUAUUUCAGUUGAUGUUGCUGCUUCACUGUACCAUUAAUAAAGGAGCUGUAACUGACAAAGCUA